GAAUUGUGUUGCCUGCUUUCGCAUAUGUACUAGCAAGCUUUAUUAGCUAGCUUUAGAAGGCUUCCCUUUGUUUUUGGUUAAAAGUAACCGGCUUUGAGGGGCUUUAAUGUUCCGUGAAGCCCAUUUAAAGACCAUCGGUAAAGCGGGAACCAGCUGGCACUUUGGCCGGGCGAUGGACGAGCUGGUCCAUGACCUGGUGUCGGCGCUGGAGGAGAGCUCGGAGCAGGCGGCACGGGGGGGCUUCGGGGAUGGGGGGGACCACGCGCUGGCUGUAGGCUGCCUGCUGAAGAGACAGGCCCGGAAACGUCGUGGGAGGAAGCGACGCUCUGACAACCCUCACCCACCCUGGGAGACUGGCCACCUCAGUGAGGGAUCUGAGUCCAGCCUGGACGAACACAAGGACUACCGCACCACCACAGGCGGCAUUGCCAGCAGCAACAGCCACGCCCGCGAUAACAGCGACUCUGAUGAGCAGCUGGGGCCCAAGCGCCGUACACCCCUGAACCCCGACACAGGGCGUGCCAAACGGCCCAUCUGGCAGGAGGACCUAGGAGGAGUGCCGGGUGCAGAGGGGUCCCGUAGUUUGAGGCGACGGCGCAAGGUCAAACGCAUGGCCGUGGACCCCCCUCUAGAGCCGGUGACCUCCAGUAGCAACACCCCCAUGCUCGGGCCCCCACCCGUCCCCAAGCCCCACGCAGGGUGCAGGAUCCCUGGGGUGAGCGUGGUUGAGGGCAGGGCGGGGAUGGAGCUUGUUGAUGGUGGUGGGGUUGGAAGAGGGAAAAGCAGGGUAAAGAAGAGGAAACUGGCUGCCCACAGGCUGGGGCUGGAGGCAACUGAUGAAGGGGUGGUGGUGGAGAGUGAGGACGCCAUUAUGGGGCAGGCGGGGCCCAAGGACAAGAUGGAGUUUGAGGAGCAGAAGGGCUCGGACGAGGACAUGAGUGACAGGUGUGAGACCAGCAGUGUCAGCAACAGUAGCGAUGGUGGACUGUACACCAAUGACGAGGGGAGGCAAGCUGAUGAUGAGCAGAGUGACUGGUUCUAUGAGGGGGACCCGGGGGGAGCGUGUGGGGUGGCGGGGGUGAUUCCCUGGUGGGAGAGAGAGGCAGGGGAGGAACUGGACCUGGCUGACCCUGUCUUCAACAGCAUCCUCACCGGAUCCUUCCCCAUCAUGAGCCCCAGGGCACAGAGAGGGUUCCAGGCCAGGCUGAGCUGGCUGCAUGGUGGGCCCCAGGGCCACGAUUCCCAGGGCAGCCCAGGACAGGCCUUCAAUGAGCGGCUGGGACGACACCACCAGGACCCCCCCCACUCACACGACCCGUGGUUUAGUCCGGGGUCUAGACGAGAACACGGACAAAUGCACUGGGACUCACGGACAGACAGAGGGCAUCGGAGGAGCUGCUCAGUGAAAACAGCCAGCAGACAGACGAGUGGUCACCUGGGGUCUCUGUGUACGGGGGAAGUCAAGAGGAGACGCAAAGCAGCACCCCUUGGCUUACCUCCACCCACAGGGGUGGUAGGUGAGAGUGCGGGGCCCAUCCCAGAGACCAACAUGGGGAACCGGAUGCUGCAGAGUAUGGGCUGGAGCCCUGGCAUGGGCCUGGGUCCGGAGGGCAGGGGCAUCACUGAGCCUGUUCGGGCCACACAGAGACCCAAGGGAGCGGGCCUGGGUUUUAACUGAGCCCCACGCUUUAGGCCCCAAACUGAACAGGCCAGGAGGCCUCAAUGGAGAUGGACCCUACUGAGAGCAGGGAGGACGGUGGUCAACACUUCCUGGGAAAGAAAGACUGAUAGAGCAUCAGAGCUGGAAGUAGGAACAAAUGCAAGUGUUUUACUUAAAGGACGAACGUCCUAUGAUAGGGAAAGUCACAACCCUGGUUAGAGAGGAAGUGCAUGGAGCAUUAGGGUUCCCAUCAGGGCUCCUGAGUGGCGCAGUUGUCUAAGGCACUGCGUCACUACAGUCCCUGGUUCGAAUCCAGGCUGUAUCACAUCCGGCCCUGAUUGGGAGUCCCAUAGGGUGGCGCACAAUUGACCCAGCGUCAUCCAGGUUUGACCGGGGUAGGCCGUCCUUGUAAAUAAGAAUUUGUUCUUAACCUACUUGCCUAUUUAAAUUAAGGUUAAAUAAAAUAAAAAUAUUUUUUUUAAACUCA